GUUGUACUAGUAUUUAUUUAUGGAACUUGUUUUUUGUGAUAAUGAAAGCUCUAGAAAUUUGGUAGCUCAGUGGGGUUUCUUUGUUUGACUUUUCUGAGUUAGAGUUGUACAAGGAAGAAUUGCUCUAUGUUUAUUUUGACCCCUUUUGAGUUUCAGGGUAUUUCUCAUUUACUCUUUGUGUUUUGUGGAUCUAGGGAUAAUGGGUAUUUCUUGAAUUUUGGUACAGGAGCUUUGAACUGUUGGAAAGAUCAAAGCUUUUGAGGAGAUUGGUCUUGUUUCAACCGAGAUUUUAAGGGUUUUUUGGGAGAUUACUGAUGGGUUCUUCUUAGGUUGUAAUUCAAUAGUUGGAUUGUAAAGUUGUGGAGUUUUUUGAGUUCUGUUAUGGAUUUUGAAUAUAUGUUGUAAAAAAUUGGAGUCUUGGGAGGAGUAGGGUUGCCCAAAUUAUUUGUGGGUACUUACUUCUGAGAAUCUUUGAAAAUGGAAGGAGAAAUGGUUUGCGGUGAUGGGUUGUUGGUGAAUAUAGCAAAUGAAGUGAAAUUAGAAGAAGAUGAAGAAGAUUUUUGUAGCUGCUGUGAAGAUGAGGAGGAAUUGGAAGAUAGUGCGGAUGAAACUUCGGAGGAAGAAGAGGAUGAAGUAACAGAAGACGAGGACGAGAAGGAAUCAGCAAGGGAGAGUUGUGAAGUAGAUCUUGAUGAACAUUCUGUGAAGUUAUUCUUUAAAGGCAUUUCUAUAGCUGGUCCUGGUGACUCUAGUUGCAGGGUAUCUGGAAUUGGAGUGGUUAUAGAGAGGGCAGAAAGUGCUACUCCUAUUCAAAUCCAGAAAAAGCUUGAUUUUUACGUGGAGGAAUUUGUGGCAGAUUAUUUGGCUUUGAUGGAUGGAUUGCUGGAAGCUGUGAAGAACAAGAUUAGAAAGGUUUAUGCCCUUACCGACUCUGAGAUUUUAUACGAGCAGAUUAUGCAUGAAGAGAACCUUGAUAAUCCGCUUCUCAUGGCAUUGCGGCAGAGGAUCCUGGAUCAUGCUGAUGAUCUGGAAACUUUUGUUUUGAAACUUGUCCCCAGUACUGGUUUGGCAAAGGCCUUGGACUUAGCCAAGGUAGCAAUAGGGGUUGUCUCUUCCCAUGUUGAAGGAGAUGAAUCAACUGAAAAUUGUCCAAUAUGCUGCGAGGAUAGACUUUUAGUGAUGGUGACGACAUUGAAAUGUACCCACAAGUUCUGUUCUCACUGUAUGAAAACUUAUGUUGAGGGUAAAGUCCAAUCUGGUCAAGUACCCAUUAGGUGCCCUCAGCUAAAAUGCAAGUACUUAAUCUCUGCCACUGAAUGUCUAUCUUUUCUCCCACUUAACUCCUAUGGAUCUUUAGUGAGGGUCCUUGAAGAAGCAAAUGUUCUCAACUCGGACAAACUUUACUGCCCGUAUCCAAAUUGUUCUGUUCUUCUGGAUCCUCAUGAAUGUAUGUCAACUCGGGCUAGUUCGUCAAGCCAGUCAGAGAAUAGUUGUGUGGACUGUCCAGUUUGUCAGAGGUUUAUGUGUGUGGAUUGUAGGGUCCCAUGGCAUUCUUCAAUGACUUGUGAAGACUACCAAAAUCUCCCUUUGGAGGAGAGGGAUGCUGGUGACAUAACUUUGCAUCGCCUGGCACAAAAUAAGAGAUGGAGGCGCUGUUCACAGUGCAGGAGGAUGAUUGAGCUCGCACAUGGAUGCUAUCAUAUGACAUGCUGGUGUGGGCAUCAAUUCUGUUAUUCGUGUGGUGCGGAAUACAGGGACGGCCAACAGACAUGUCAAUGUGCAUUCUGGGAUGAGGAUUACACUCAAGAUUUGGUAACUCAACCGACACAACAGUUUGAGCAAUGGUCAUGGGACUCAUUUGAGUCGCUGCCUACUAUGAUGGAUGCAUAUUCAGAUGAAGAGAGAUCUCAGCUGGCAUUGAUCCAGAGAUUUCUCGCUGGUGGAUUCAGUCUCACAGACCACCAAGCUUAUCAAUCCCCACCACGUUGUACAGAUUCUUAUGUUGAUGCCAUGAAGGAUCUCCAUCAGCUUCCAUGGCUUGAACGAUUCGUGUCUGUGAUCAGUGACAAUUACUAUGAAGAACAUAUCCAGUGAAGUAUAGAUAGAUUUGAAGCCAUUUAGCAUUUGUAAAACACUUUCAAAUGGGAGAUAAAUGAGUAUCUCACUCUCAAGACUCCUAUGAUAGUUUAAGCAAAUAGGCUCCCUUCAUAAUGUACUUUUUCAUUUGCUUCAUGCUAAAAGAGCUGUUGGGCCUUUUUUCCCUCUCUUCUUUUCAUCCUAAUUGUAUGAUGCAUUGGAAGUUACAAGAAGCUUCCUCUUCAUAGAAAACUGAUGAGCAAAACAGCAUAAAUCGAAGGAGACAUUUUUAAUGUUAAACUUA